AUGGGCCGACUACGCAGUCCACGCCACCGCCGUGGCGCGCCGCUUUCAGUCCCUGCAUCUUCGCGUCGGCGACGGCGUGCUGUUCCAAACCCGACGCAAUUCUGUUGCAUGCACGUUUGUGAAAAUGGGCGUACUCGGCGCCGCGAACCCCAUGAAGUCCAGUACAUCUGGAACUGCAUGCCGUUCAAGUGGGUGGUCACGGACACCGCCGCCGACUUGUCGUUCUACCUGGCCUUGCCUGGCUUGGAAGGCAUCUUAGUGUUGACUCACAACGAGUGUUUUUUUCUGGCAAGAAUGUCGGCCACGCUGUUGGAUAUUUACGACGCCAAGGAUGACUCGUCCAUCCUAGCGGGUUAA